CAAUUCGUUUUCUACCGCGGGAAUUUCAACAACCGCUGCCUCACACGCUUUCAGCUACCGGGCUGCAAAAUUCCGCCAGAGUACGCGACACGACGCGAGCCGAUGCGACACGCGUUUGCGACACGGUCAUUGAUGACCGACGAGAUUUCACUUGUAUUACGCGCGCACGCGGCUUGGACUUGCAACGACAUCUGAUCCGCGAUCUCGAUAAGCGUCUGAGCCCUGGCGCAUUGACAUUAUCCCACACAUCGCUCGGCCGCUGAUAAACCAACGCGAAGACGGACCGGAAUGGCGUCGCGCGCCGGACGGCCAAGCUCCAGCAGUCCAGCCAGCGGCAGCGGUCCGCCGCCGGUGACGGCACGAUCGACCACAGAUCCCAUCCUCCGCAAUGCGCUCCGGUAUACGAUUUCGGCGCGCGAAUACGCGGCUCUUCAUAAAUAUGUCAUUUCACGCUCGCGCGCCCUCAAGAAGCGGGCCCCAACCGUCGACACGGUCCAGAGGAUCAUCGACGGUCCCCCCGGGCGCGCCCAGUCAAAGGACAGCAAAGGAGCGGCCAAAGCGCGGGGGAAAGGCAAGGAGGUUGAGGAACGGAGGACCGUGGCGGUAGAAAAUGGGGACGAAUACAAUGCGCGGGCAAUCCGGCACUCCAUUCGCGUGUUCGUCGCCACUGGCGCGUUGAUGAAGCUCUGGGGCGCCGUGUCGGCGAGGUUGACGGGGAAGAGACAGGAUUCCGCAUCGGCGACGCAGAAGAAGCAACCGCUGUACAAAUCGCCGACUCUCCGUCUCUCCCUCUCCCUCAGCACCAUCCUGCUGCUGUACCGUAUCCUCUUCCGCUUCUUCACCCGCCUGCGCACCCACAUCCUCGAGCCAUCGGGCGCGCAGUUCCGGCUGCGCAAUCCAAAGACAGCUAGGACGCUGAGCUCGCCGUACGCGCCCGCCGUGGGCGCCUCCCUGGCCGGCCUGGCCCUCGGGGUGUAUCCCAGCCGGCAGCUGCGCGUGACCAUCGCGCUGUAUGCGAUCUUCCGCGCGCUCGAGUUUGGGUGGAACUGCGUCGAAGACAAUGGCUUGGUGUGGGGAUGGGAGAGGGGGAGCCACGGCCAGGCGGAUACGAAAAGGCCGCGGCCGUGGUGGUGGGGCAGCUGGAUGCUGCAGCCGUUCGCCUUUGGGCAGCUGUUCCAUGCGCUGGUGUUUGACCGAGACUGCAUCCCAUCGUUCUGGAGCAAUUUCGUACUGAAGAACUCGUCCACGUAUCUGCAGCCCAAGCCCGAGGACUACCCCGUGGGUCUCAAAUGGCCUCAGGCGAGCGAAAUCGUCGAUAGUCUCGCCCAGAUGGCGCGGCUCAGCUGGCCAGCCUACAUCUCCCCGACGCUGUUCCCCAACAAAGAGGACAUCCUCCCCGCCUCGGUGACAGCCAUUUCGCCCAUCACGUCCGGCGCGCACCCGCUGAUCACGUCCCUGUCCUGCGCCACCAUGCACCCGGCCGACCCGUCCUGCACGCGCACCUUCAUCACCCUCUGGCUGCGCGCGCUCCCGCCGCUCAGCCGGCUGCUCUUCGUCGCCUACUCGGCCACGCUGCUGCUGCCGCGGCUCGGCGCGCUGUACCACGCGCCGCUGGCCACGCUGCACCGGCUCGUCUCGAGCGCCCUGCGCAUGGCCGGCUUCCUGACCGGCGCCCUCGCCACCGCCUGGUCGUCCGUCUGCUUCUUCCAGACCUGGCUGCCCCGGACCUUCCUGCCCACCCAGCGCUUCUUCCUCGGCGGCUUCCUCGCCGGCCUGUGGGCCCUGCUGGAGCACGGCCGCCGCGGCAGCCGCGCCGUGUUCCUGGCCAGCGCCAAGAUGAGCGUCGAGAGCCUGUGGAAGGUCGGCGUCAAGCGCCGGUGGUGGCGCGCCAUGAAGGGCGGCGAUGUCUGGGUCUUCGUCGCCGCGCUGAUGCUGACCGGCGUGGUGUACGAGCGGGAUGCGAAGGCGGUGAAGGAAGGCGCCUGGAGGAAGGGCAUCAGCUGGGUGAGGGGCCAGGGAUGGCGGGACUGGGGGAUGGAAGAGGACGACGAGGACGAGGAGGGGGAAGGGCGGGUGAAGGAGGAGUGAGACGGGUUAGCGGUUUGGGACAGCUUUAAAGGGCUGCCGAGCCGACGGUAUUACUACCUAGUUACCGCGAGUUGUUGGUUCUGGCUUGCUUGUGGCAUCGCUGCGAAGCCAAUGCCAAGGUCUUGCUUGAGAAGUCGCGAG